AUGAAAAGUAAAAAUGAUAUUUCCGGUAGCGAUGCAAGUGACAGCGAGGUAGACGAAUCCAAUUCUGACCAAGACGAAGGUGAAUUAAGUAGUAGUGAAAACAAUGGACUAACAAUCCCAGCUAACACAAUAGCCACCUCUUCUUCUUCGCUAUCCGUUGUCACUUCAUCGACCGUAACAGCUACGGCAAGUUUUGCUAGUCCUAGUGAUGAAGAGGAAGAACCAGAGUUACAAGAUACUCAAAGUUUAGCACAUUUUCUCCAAAAUAAUGAUGAUCAAGAUCAAGUUGUUCUAACCCAACGAAUUUCCAAACAAACAAAACGACAAUUAGAGACAGCUGAAGAAGAAAGUGAUGAAGAUUUGUCAGAAGAAGAAGAAGAAGAAGAGGAAGAGAACAGUAAUGAAGAGGAAAAUAGUGACGAAGAAGAGCCAACUAGUGAGGAGGAAGAAGACGAUGAUGAAGAUUACGGAAAAAGAAAAACAACAGCAAAACGUACCACUAAAACAAAAUCCAAGUCAAAACGCAAACCGGUAACUAGACAACAGGUAACGCGUUCUAAAGGUGCUACAACAACAACAACAAAUUCCUUAUAUCCGGCAUCUACAACGAAUCGUAAACGUCAGCGUACGUCAUCGUCUACAAGUUAUGCGUCAGUAACAAAAAAAGCACGUUCAUCCUCUACCAAACGUAAAAUUCGUCGUACCGUUGCAGCAAAUCGUAUUAAUUACCAUGAAAGUUCAGGUGAUGAGCAAAGUGAUUCACAACCACAACAAAAGCAGCAGUCACAGAAUUCAGAUGAAGAGGAUGAAUCAACUAGUUCAAACGAUAAUGACUAUAAACGAAAACAUCAUUACCAUGUAGCACAUUCUUCAUCUCAUAGUGAUUUAACAGUUAAUACGGCUCAACGUCAAACAAAAGUUCGUAGUUCAGAAAAGGUAUCAUCUGGUAAUGAUACAACUUUAUUGGAUGAAUCACAAUCAGAAACAAUUGAAAAAGUAUUGAAAGUAAGAUUUGGAAGAAAAGGUGCAACAGGUCCACCAACUACCGUGUACAAUAUCGAUGAAUUUGGAGAUGUAAAUCAAGACUACGAUGAACAGACGCAAGCGGAAAAUGGUGAAGAACAAUAUUUAAUUAAAUGGAAAAACUGGUCACAUUUACAUAAUACAUGGGAAUCUAAAUUAACCUUGGAGCAAGCACAUGUUAAAGGUUUAAAAGUAUUGGAUAACUAUUUAAAAUUGUAUGAACAAGCUCGAAAAUGGCGAAGUGUCAAAGCAAAUAUUGAAGAAAUUGAAUCGUACGAAUGUCAACAAGAACAAAAUGAACUAUUACUUGCUAGUUAUCAACAAGUUGAACGAAUUAUAGCACACGAAAAAAAUCGAAAAGAAGAAGAUACAUCAAUAGCGGCCGGUUACGAUUAUCUCUGUAAAUGGGAUUCACUCCCUUAUAGUGAAUGUACAUGGGAGGAUGGAAUGUUAAUAUCAAAACGUUUUCAAUCAAGAAUCGAUGAAUACAAUGAGAGACAGAAAGUGCAGUUAGAAGAGAGUAAAAUAACAUCAUCAUCAAACAAAUUGAAGAUAAGACCAAGAUUUGUACAAAUACAACAACAACCAGCGUAUCUAGCACGAGAUAAUAAAGAACAAGAAUAUUUACUAAGAGAUUAUCAAUUGGAAGGUUUAAAUUGGUUAGCACAUUCAUGGUCAAAAUCAAAUUCAGUCAUAUUAGCCGAUGAAAUGGGCCUGGGUAAAACAAUUCAGACAAUUUCGUUCUUAUCCUACAUAUUCGAAGAACAUCAUAUUAAUGGACCCUUUUUAGUUGUUGUUCCAUUAUCUACCAUUCAAGGAUGGCAACAAGAAUUUCAACGAUGGUCACCAUCAGAAAUGAAUACAAUCGUUUAUACUGGUGAUAUGUUAUCACGUGAAAAAAUACGGCAAUAUGAAUUUUAUGCAACGGGAAAAAAGUUAAAGUUUCAUACUUUAAUAACAACGUAUGAUUUUCUACUCAAAGAUAAACAAUAUCUAAAUCCGAUACAAUGGGCCGUAUUAAUGGUCGACGAAGCACAUCGACUCAAAAAUGAUGACAGUGUACUAUAUCGUACACUGAUACAAUUCGACUCACAACAUAGAAUAUUGAUUACAGGCACACCAUUACAAAAUUCUCUUAAAGAAUUAUGGUCGUUAUUACAUUUUAUUAUGCCACAAUAUUUUAAUGAUUGGGCAAAAUUUGACAUGAAAUAUUCUUCAUUGCUAUCAACAAAUGAUACAAAUCUUGUGAAACGAUCAACGGAACUUCAUAAAGAGUUGGAACCAUUUUUACUACGGCGAAUUAAACGUGAUGUUGAAAAAUCUCUCCCAGCUAAAGUUGAACAAAUUUUACGUGUAGAAAUGACACGUUUACAAAAACAAUAUUAUAAAUGGAUAUUGACGAGAAAUUAUCGAGCUUUGACAAAUGAAAGAGGUGGUUCACUACCAUCGUUUAUUAAUAUAAUGAUGGAAUUAAAAAAAUGUGCAAAUCAUGCCUUCUUUGUUAAACGAGAUGAUGAUAAGACAGUAACACUCGAUGAAAUAAUUAAAGGUAGUGGAAAAUUAUUGUUACUCGAUAAAUUAUUGUUAAAGUUACACGAAAGUAAUCAUCGUGUAUUAAUAUUUUCUCAAAUGGUUAAAAUGUUAAAUAUACUCGCUGAAUAUUGUACACUAAGACGAUUUCCAUUUCAAAGAUUAGAUGGUUCAAUGAAAAGUGAAAUUCGUCGACAAGCAUUAAAUAAUUUUAAUCGUGAAAAUAGUGAAGAUUUUAUAUUUUUACUUUCAACAAGAGCGGGUGGUUUAGGUAUUAAUUUAGCUACAGCUGAUACUGUAAUUAUUUAUGAUAGUGAUUGGAAUCCACAAAAUGAUCUUCAAGCUCAAGCACGUGCUCAUCGUAUUGGUCAAACAAAACAAGUAAAUAUUUAUCGUUUAGUUGCUAAACAAAGUGUUGAAGAAACUAUACUUGAACGAGCAAAACAAAAAAUGGUCUUAGAUCAUCUUGUUAUUCAACGAAUGGAUACAACAGGACGAACAUUAUUUCAAAAUUUAAAUCAAAAUUCAACAAAUUCAACAAUGGAUAAAACAGAAAACACAAAAACUUAUUCAAAAGAAGAACUCAAUACUAUUAUUAAAUUUGGUGCAGAAGGUUUAUUUAAAGAAAAAGAUAGUCAGACAGAUACUGGUGAAGAUGAAUCACAUAAAAUCGAUAUUGAUGAAAUAUUACGACGAGCAGAAACGAGACAAGAUGAUACCUAUAUGCGAAAUUCAAGUGAAGAUUUAUUAUCACAAUUUAAAAUAGCUAAUAUUUCUACAAUGGAAGAGGAUGAUGAUGUGAUUACGUCGAAAACAUCAGGCAAAAGUUGGCAGGAUAUUAUACCUGAAGAAGAUCGUUUAAAAUAUGAUCAAGAAUGUUUGAAUGAAUUAGUUAUUCUUCAUCCUCGUAAUCGAAAACGUGUUGAAUUAUUUAAUUAUAAUUCGGAUACAGAAAAAACAAAUCAUGGUGGUGAUCAAGGUGGUGAAAAUGAUCAAGAUGACACAUUAGUACCAUCACCUUCAGCAACAUCUAAAGACAAUGUAUUACACAAUUUUAAUUCAAAUGAAAUUCGAAGAUUUAUUAAAAGUUUUAAAAAAUAUCCAGAUGCUUUGAAUCGUCUUGAUUUAGUGACAAUGGAUGCUGAAUUAGAAGAAAAAUCGCGACAUGAUAUUGAACAAUUAGCUCAAAAAUUAUAUCAUGAAUGUACAAUAGCGGUUGAUCAAGAGACUACAACACCGCCAAGUGCAAAUGCAAAUGAUGAACAAGAUGAUCAACCGAAAAAAUCGUGUUUAUCUCGUGGUCCAACAAUUCGUCUUCAGGGUGUGAAUAUCAAUGCAUUACAAAUAAUGAAUUCUAUUCGUGAUUUAGAAUCUUUAAAGAAACUAAUAUGUCCCACGAAUAGUCAAUCACAACGUAAAACAUUUCCAUUUCCACCAUUGAAAGUUAAAUCAGUUCAUUGGAAUUGUCCAUGGUCAAUUGAGGAUGAUAAAUCGUUACUCUACGGAACCUAUGAAUAUGGUUAUGGAAAUUGGGAACAAAUUAAAAUGGAUCCGGAAUUGAGUUUAAGUUCGAAAAUUUUACUUGAUGAUAAAAAUCGUAAACCCCAAUCGAGUCAUUUGCAAACACGUGCAGAUUAUCUGCUAAAAUUAUUAAGAAAGUAUUUUGAUCUAACAAAAAUAAAAGAGAAAACAUUACCAGUAAAAAAGAAACAAACAGUUAAGAAAGGAAAACAAUCACCAUCUGCUGUGGAUGAAAAUAGUAAUGAUGCAGGAAAACGGCAAAAACGACUGAAAGGUGGAAAAGAACAUCUGCCAAAAUCACGAGAGGUGAUUGAUAAUUCAAGUGGAGAUGAUGAUAAACCUACAACGACAAGAUCGAAUAAAAUCAGUACAUCUUCAGAACACAAUCACAGUCAUAAACAUCGACAUCAUCAUAGUAAAAAGGAAGAACGAAAUGAAUUACAGCAACAUAUUUCACAAAAGACUAAAGAUGUUCAAUCAGGCAAGACUAGACAAAUAAAAGUCGAAGAUGAACACGCUGAUCAUAGUCUGAAUGAUCCAAAUGAAUAUGCAGGUUUAGAAAAGAAUGUUUUUAAACAGUGUAAAGAUUUAUUGCGUCCUGUUAAAAAAUGGUUUGGCAGUUUGAAUACUCCAGAAGAAGCAUUUGAUUCCUAUGAUGACUAUAUAAACGGCUUUGAAAAAUCUCUGUUGAAAAUCGGUGAUCAAAUACAACUGGCAUUAAAAGAACAACACACAGAACAAGAACAUCAUGAAUAUCGUCAAAAUUUAUGGACAUUUGUAUCAAAAUUUACAUCGAAAUUGACAGCAGAUGAAUUAAGAAAAAGUUAUCGAACAGCAUUCAAAAAACGAGAAGAAAGUCGAGCAUUAGCAACUGCAUCAACAUCAUCAAGCUCUGUAACUGGACUAUCCACUGCAACGAGCACAACAGCUCCAAAACUAAGUCCAACAAAAAAUUCUGUAAAUAAUAAUCUUCGCUCUGUUAAGCAAGAUGAAACAUAUCGUCGUGCUGGAUGGUGUUCAAAACAAGAAACAUCAUUCACAUCUCCGUCUAUUCCUUCGUCAUCGUCACAAACGAAAGCGCUUUCUCGUACAAAACAUUAUACAAAUGAUCAUUUAAAAGAUCCACGAUUGAAAUAUUCUCUUAGUGCACCGCCAGUACCAUCUCCUGCUCAAUUGGCUACAACUACUUCUAUGAAAGGAAUCAUUGGAUCAACGAAUACGGGCACAACAAACACUGCGGAAGGAUCCCGAUCAUCAACGAAUACAUGCAACAGUGAAAAUAACAAUAGUAAUAGUAAUGAAGAACGAGAUCGUCGAAAUUCAAAUACAGCAUUUGGCAGAAGAUCAUACAAUGAUAAUGUGGAUUCUUUGUCAUCGUCAGAUUAUAAAUCACAUCGAGAUCAUAACAGCGAUAGAAAAGAUGAUCGUGAAUCCAGACGAUACGAUCCACAAUCUCGAUAUAACCCUUAUAAUCGUUCGAAUAAACCAUCUAAUUAUUCAUACGAGCAACGUUCAAAUUCUUACAGAAAUUCAAAUUCAAGAGGACAAACAUCCACAAACAAUAUGACUUCAUCGUCAGCAUCAGUUUCUGUUCUUUCUACUCAAGCACCUACUUCACUUCUCUAUAAUACUACAGCGCCCGAUGUAUUUCAAACAAUGUAUAAACAAUACUAUGAUCUCUACUCAGCGCAAGCACUCGCAGCUGUAACAUCAAUGCGUCAGAAUCAAACAACAAGUUUGACAACUACGACAACAACGCCAUCGACGUCUACAACAACAGCAAUUUCUCCGAACGGCUACGCUGAAUUGGCUGUUGCAUAUGCUCGUCAGCAACAGCAACAAAAAUAA